UAAGAAGGAGAAUAAGUAUAAAGCGUAGAAGACACAAGAGGAGGAGGAAGAAGACCACAACAUUGACCGAGAGGAGGCAACACAAGAUAGCGAGUAGCAAUGGCAUCGUCUAUCCAGGAGCGGCUAAAACUGAAGCAAUACCAGGUGGACACUUGGACCACCAGGGAGCAGCUGUGCUUGGCCUCGGCUGUCAUGCGGAGUGGUGACCAAAACUGGGUUGCUGUUAGAAGGAACAUAAAAAUGCUUACCAAUGAGACAAGUCGACCGCCUGAUUGGUAUUCAACUAAAAAUUGUGCCCUGCAAUAUGCCCGCCUGCUGGAGCGUGUUGACACUCCCAAGAGGAAGCGGGAGCGUGGUGAUGGAGGCAACGAGACCCCGGGUGAAAUAGUGACUAAGAUGUUGAGUAAACAGCGUGUGGAGGAGCUACGGGCACUGGAGGCGGAGGAGAAAGCUACUUACAACCAGCUACGAAAGGAGAUUCAGCAGCUAGAGUCUGGGAAGCUAGAUAAUCAAUUAGAUACCUUUUGGGAGCAACUUGUUAAGGAGCAUGCACAGGAGGAGGAAGAGGAACAGCGGCAGCAGCAGUGGUUAAAAGAGCGUGAGGAAAAGAUCACAGCCAUUCAGCAAGCACUCAAACACCAGGGACCAAAAGUGCCUCAGCCGCCUCACAAGAAGAAACCCAAGUUGCAAGUGGGCGGGUGUGGCAGUGUGGCAGAGAGCAGACGCAGCAGUGGGCUCUCGGAGACGUCAUCGGAGGUGGACAGUGCAGUGGAGAGUCCAGACCAGAAUGAAGUCACCCCAGAGAGUCUAGUUAGUAACAAGAGUCAAGAUGAAAGUGGUGCUGGGGAGAGCGAGGCGAGACUCACCCCUACCUCUCCCCUGCUGUCUUCCCUCCUCAGCAAGUCCUCCCCCAUCACGGGUGUCCCCGGGGCAGCCUCCUCCCCACUAACCCAGCUAGCAAUAGGGAGCAGGACCAUGAGGAGCAUGGGCAUUUCUCCAGUCUCUGAAGCCCUACAGAACCUGGUGUCCUCAGCUAUAUCGGGCACCAACACAUCUGACAAGGACAAGUCGACCCCUACUGCCUCCAGCUCAGGCACAUCAACAUUGUCUCUCCUUCUGGACCUUCCACCCAGCACUCCAGGUGGUCCACUACCAAGACUAAAUGAUCUGCCAGGACCAUCAUAUGAAUCAAGGGAACAGGAGGAAAAAAAGUCUGAUCCUGCUAGUAAAAAUGAAAAAAUGGAAGAGAGCUGCUCUGACAACAAGGGAUGUGCAGAACAAGUAAAGAUAGAAGAAAUAAAACCUGCUGAACCUGUAAAGCCCACAGAGAGUACAGCCUGUACGCCAGGAGGUGGGGAAGAUGCAAAGGCUAUGUUAGAAGUUCAGAAGGACGUGCACAUGGAGGAAAAAAGAAAAGAAGUAACCUCAGAAGAAUCCAAAAAGGAGGAUGAGAAGGACAAAUCUAUUUCACAAACUACAACUCAGAAACUAGAUGAGGCAAGUGAAUCUAAAAAUGAACUCAAAACUUCCCACAAUGAGGAAAAGGAGAAGGACCAGGAACAGGAGCAGGGAAAUGAAAAGAAAAUUGAGCAUAAGGAGGAAGAAAAGCAGAAAAAAGAAGUGAGAGAGGACCAGGAACAAAAUGAGUUGAAUAAGGAAGAGUCACCAAAGAAAUUGCAGGAGAAAGACAGUGAAAUAAAGGAGGAAAAAGACUGUACAAAUGAGAGGCCAGAAGGCAAGAAAAUAGAAGAAUCAGGGAUGGAAGAAAAUAAGAUAAAAACAGAAGAAAAAAGCAAAGAGCCUGAGUGCAGUAGUGAGGAAAAGAAUGAGGAACACAAAACUGAACUGACUUCAUCAUCCAAAACCAGUGAGAAUGUUGCAAAAGUAGCAAUCUCAUCAGCAGGACUAGAGCAGAAAGACCUAAGCACCACCUGUACAUUAGAAGAGGGAAAUAGAUGUACAAGUGAAGAAGCAGGUUGUGAGAAAAACCAAGAGAAGACAGUUAAAAAUGAAGAGAACAAAGAGAUGGAAGAAGAGGAGGAGGAAGAGGAGGCGGAGGAAGAAGAGAAGGAGGAAGAGGAAGAUGAAGAAGCAACAACAGCAGAAGCAAGAGUGGAAAAGGAAAGGGAUAACAAGACAGAAAGCAAGGAGGAAGGAGAGGAGGCACAGCCAAGUAAGAAAUCCACAGAGGAAGAAGAGGAAGAACCACCUGCAAAGCUGAUAAAAACUGAAGAAAAUGCCUUAAGCUCAGAAGGAGAGAAGAAGCCCAAGAAGAUUGUGAUAAAGAAGGAACAAGAGGAGGAUCCUCUUGAAAAUCAGGAUAGCAAGGACUGGGUGAGUGAGGAAGAAGGAAGCACCUUCGGAAGCAGGAAAAGGAAGAUCUCUGGGGGCGAAAACAUCGGCUCCUCUUCUCCGCUGAUUUCAGAGUCAACCCCCAACUCCCCAGCAUCAACACAUUAUGGGGAUGACUCUGAGAACGAGCGGGCAUACAAGUCGUGGAAGAAACCCAUUAUGAUUCUGUGGAACGACAUUGCUGCCCACAAGUUUGCCUCACUCUUCCUGCGGCCCAUCACUGAUGAUCAGGCUCCAGGUUAUCACUCCAUAGUUUAUAGACCAAUGGACCUGCAAAAAAUCAAGCGCAACAUUGAGAGUGGUGCAAUUCGUACCACUGCAGAGUUCCAACGUGACAUCAUGCUCAUGUUCCUCAAUGCCACCAUGUACAACACCCGUGACCACAAUGUGUACCACAUGGCCCACCAGAUGAUGAAGGAUGCCGUCUCAUACAUCCAGAACUUCCUCACAACCCAGAUGUUAGUGCGAGCAGAGGAGACACCACAGAAAUCUCUUCGAAGAGAGACACGAGAGUCUUCAGCAAAGAGGAGUGAUGAUGACUCUAAAAGGAAGAGAGAUCCAUUGGAUGAGAAGAGUCUUAAAAAGAGAAGGACAAACUAAAAAAUAAAUGGGGGAAGAUGCAGUCCUCCUUAUUUGGCAGUUCUUGACUGCCAGUCAGUGCCUGGCAGCCUCACCUGACAUGUCUGUGACAGGAGCUGAAUAUGUACUUAAGAGGUGACUUGUGGCACUUAAUUUUAGUUGCCUGAGUGCCUGAGUUUCCAGCUGAUACAAACAGCUGGUGAUAUUGUGUUCCUGAAGUAUAGACAGGUCACAUGAGCCUUUUUAAAACCUAACAUCAGAAAUAAAGCAAAUCAUAAAACAAAAGUUUUCAUCUGCAAGUAGAGCUUACCACCUGAUUUCCUUAUUUAACAUCUCCAUAUAGAGUGGUUGAUAAAUCCUCUUGUCUUUUCAUCUCACAUUCUUUAUCUCAAUGCUUCCUUAUCAUUGAUGACACACACACACACACACACACACACACACACACACACACACACACACACACACACACACACACACACACACACACACACACACACACACACACACACACACACACACAUGCACAC